AUGGAACGCCACAUUCGCCGUUUUCUCAAUAAGCUUUCAUUUGCUUCUAUUACCAUUGCCACUCUCAUCCUCAUCCUCAUCUUCCUCUUCCUCCAAACCCCACAAACCAGCAUUCCCCCAAAUUCUCCUUCAAAACCCCAUCUCAAAUUCCAGAAAUCCUCCUGCGAUUCCACUCCUCGCGAGCUCGUCUCCAUUGACAAGAAGAACAAGCGUCUUUGGUCAUCCAACGACUGGAAGAAGAAGCUCUCCUCCUUCAUUAAUUUCUUCCAAUCCAUUCGAGAUCUAGGCCUUCUCCAUAACCACACCAAAUUUAUCUGCGUUUCCGCCGGCGCUGGCCCUGAGGUCAUGGCGUUGUCUCAUAUGGGAGUUCACGAUGUCACCAGUGUCGAGUUGAUUGAUUCGCCUCCUUUGGUGAGUUGUGCUGAUCCUCAUAAUUUUCCUUUCUUUGAUCAUGUUUUUGAUUUGGCGUUUACUGCUCAUUUGGCUGAGGCAUUGUUUCCGUCUCGAUUUGUUUCUGAGAUGGAGAGAGUUGUUCGUCCUAAUGGUGUUUGUGUGAUUGUUGUUGAGGAAUGUGGGGAUUAUGAAGUUAAGGAGAUUAGAAAUGGCUCUUCACGGGAGAUAAAUAGCUCUUCAUUAGAGAAUAAUGAACAGAUAUACCGUGCUCCAUCUCCAAACAUGGAUGCAAUGAGUAUAAAUCUUGAUUCUUUCAAUAAACAAGUUUUCACAUGUGCUGCCACUGAACAAGGAAUACAGAAUUUGGAGAUGGCAAUAUCAGAGCUAGUGGGACUCAACAAAACUCUUGCAAGUGGCCGUAGAUGGACAGUAAACCAGAUAUAA